AUGUAUCGAUGUCGAUAUACUAACAAGCGUGACAGCAAUUAUACCACUCGGAAGGCCACAUUGGCGUGUGUUGGGUUAUUAGCAGUUAUGGGUGGGCUCGAAGCCCUACUCAUCUUAACUUUGAGGUGGUCGCAGAUACCGAACAAUAAAGGCAUCACCUGGCCGGAUAUCUUGGUUGGUGCGAUAGCAACAGUGCUUCUCGCCGGCGGCAUGUUACCCAUUUAUUUUGAAUUGGGGAAAAGACAAGGCCGAGUAAUUGGAAUCAAUUGGGUCUUCUUGUGCAUCGACACGCUGGGAGGACUGUUCUCAAUCUUUGCGCUUGUGGCACAAGGGUCGUUUGAUAUCCUUGGCGGGGUUAUGUAUAUUGUUGUCGUGGUACUCGAGCUGGGAAUCUACCUCAGCCACAUCAUAUGGCGCAUCCGAUUCCGGGAGGCCCGGAAAGAAGCCAAACAUUCGGGUAGAAGUGUCGAGGAUAUUCUCCAAAUGUCUAAUCCCGCGUGA